GCCUCUGGUCACAUUGCGUAAAAAUUGUAUGUCGCGUUGUUCGGCUGUUGCUCGUGUAAAAAUUAUAAAAAUCAUAAACGCACAAUUCGAAACUACCCAAUUUAAUGUGAGUAUUAACCCAAGGCCGCAACAAUGGGAGCCUGUGUAUGUCGCAUGAAUCCCGACAAUGAAACAAUGAGUGUUUCCUCGGCAAGCGCUUCGCGUCCGGUCAGCGCAGGGAUUGCAUUGGGGGGCGCUGCGCGUAAAAAUCGCCCAUUGUGCCAUGAGACCAUAAAAUGGCGCUCCGACGUACCUUUAACCGAAGGACAACUGCGCUCCAAGCGUGACGAGUUUUGGGACACGGCUCCUGCAUUUGACGGACGAAAGGAGAUUUGGGAUGCCCUUCGAGCAGCCACAAAUGCAGCCGAAUGUCUUGACUUUCAAAUGGCACAGGCAAUUUUAGAUGGCGCUAACGUAUCUGUGCCCAAUGGCUACCUCACAGAAUGCUACGACGAGUUGGGAACACAAUAUAAAGUACCUAUUUACUGUCUGUCAUAUCCCAUUAACAUUGUAAAGGAGGAGAAUGGGCGUGAUUCGCCAGCCGAAUACUCAGAGCCCGUUGAUGGAGGGACCGAAAUCAUUCUUAAGCUGCGCAUAUCAUCCUCAAUGACUGAUGUUAAACUGCCGGUAUACUCUAAGGACACGGUGGGACAAUGCAAGAAAAAACUGCAGUCUGUUGAGGGAGUCGACGCGUGUUGCCAACGUUGGUUCUACAGCGGUAAGCUGCUGGGCGAUAAGGUGCCCAUUGAUGAGUGCAGCAUACACCAAGGCUAUGUGGUGCAGGUCAUUGUUAAUACGGAGCACUACAAUCACGACAACAGCACGAGUAUCGUUCACAUGUCGCUUGCGAGCUAGCAAUGCACCAACUCCAAACUAGUCAUCUUAGGUAUCAGCAGCGGCAACCAGCUUUGUGAACAGCAUCAACAACCGGCUAACAGCAACAA